CCGCAGCCUGCGACGCGCGCCCCGCCCUCCCCAGCUGUGCACCCUCCGUCCAGCUGCGCGCACGUCGGGAGUCCCAGACAUGUCCGCGGAGAGAGAAGCAGCCGAGGCGGCCACCGUGGUGGCCGCGGCCGAAGCAGGGGCCGGAGAAGACGCCCAUUCUCAGCCACCGAAAGCCGAGGCCGCUGGCGACACCCAACCACCCGCGACUUCCGAGGGGGCCGCCGCCGCGUCGCCGCCGCCGCUGCGGUGCCUGGUGCUCACCGGCUUCGGGGGCUACGACAAGGUGAAGCUGCAGAGCCGGCCGGGCGGGCCCCCGGCCCCCGGCCCCGGGCAGCUGACGCUGCGCGUCCGGGCUUGCGGGCUCAACUUCGCCGACCUUAUGGCCCGGCAAGGGCUGUACGACCGGCUGCCGCCUUUGCCCCUCACCCCGGGCAUGGAGGGCGCCGGCGUCGUGAUCGCGGUGGGCGAGGGAGUCAACGACCGCAAGGUAGGGGACCGGGUGAUGGUGUUGAUCCGGUCAGGCAUGUGGCAGGAGGAGGUGACUGUGCCCUCAGCCCAGACCUUCCAGAUGCCAGAGGCCAUGACCUUUGAGGAAGCCGCUGCCUUGCUGGUCAAUUACAUCACAGCCUACAUGGUCCUCUUUGACUUCGGCAAUCUACGGCCUGGCCACAGCGUCUUGGUACACAUGGCUGCAGGGGGUGUGGGUAUGGCCGCCGUGCAGCUGUGCCGCACAGUGGAGAAUGUGACGGUGUUCGGGACAGCCUCAGCCAGCAAGCACGAGGUGCUGAAGGAGAACGGGGUCACACACCCCAUCGACUAUCACACGACUGACUACGUGGAUGAGAUCAAGAAGAUCUCCCCCAAAGGAGUGGACAUCGUCAUGGACCCCCUGGGUGGGUCAGAUACUGCCAAGGGCUACAAUCUCCUCAAACCCAUGGGCAAAGUGGUCACCUAUGGAAUGGCCAACCUGCUGACCGGCCCCAAGCGGAACUUGAUGGCCCUGGCACGCACAUGGUGGAAUCAGUUCAGCGUGACUGCUCUGCAGCUGCUGCCGGCCAACCGAGCUGUGUGUGGCUUCCACCUGGGCUACCUGGAGGGUGAGGUAGAGCUAGUCAGUGGUGUGGUGGCCCGCCUCCUGGCUCUGUACAACCAGGGCCACAUCAAACCCCACAUUGACUCUGUGUGGCCCUUUGAGAAGGUGGCAGAUGCCAUGAGGCAGAUGCAGGAGAAGAAGAAUGUGGGCAAAGUCCUCCUGGUGCCUGGACCGGAGAAGGAGAACUAGGGCGGGGGGCUGGCAGAGACCCUCAUGGCCCGGGAAGAGAGAGACUGGGGAGCCGCGUUAAUGUUGAUCACCAGACUCUCUUACAUUUCAUCCUCUCUCAUAACACUGCCCUCUCUCCCCCGAAAGGUCUCCGUCGUGAUGACCUCUCCCCUGCCCUGUUCUGUCUCCUUAGGCAGGGCUGCCCCCUCCCCCUUCCUGCCCUCGGAAGAGGUUGGGAAGUGACCACUUGGAUGUCUGGGCCCUGCCAAGGGGACAGGGAGGGUCAGAGGGAGGCCGGCUGCUUCCUGCCCCCACCCUUUCCCUGGGCCCGCUGUGCUGCUUUUGUGCCAAGGUUAGCCAAUCCCUUUCCGUCCAGUUCUGUGUGCUUCCACCUCUGCCUCAUCUCCCCUCCCACCCCUACCCCACACCGACCCCUCCCACCCCCCAAAGAAUUGAAAUGUCAGCUCAGGAUAUGGGGCCAAUCUGUGUGAAUCUAGCAUGUCCCCGUCUGGCCCUCGUGUCCCUUCAGCCCAGGCCAACCAGGGCCCACCUCUGAACUCUGCGGCCUCUUGUCCCCCACCUCCUCAAGCACAACUGGGCUGCUUCCACCUCCAGGUUUUCUGCCACUCUCCACCAACGUUGCCUCUUACAACAGGGGUGGGAAUCAGACCUGCUCCCCUAGGUCACAACUGUGGGAGGGACACAGCCCCCCCCACCUCCCCCUUCACUGAGUUCUCUGGAGUUGUUCUCAGUGCCUUAGCAACGGAAAACCUGUGCUUGCAUGUGGGGCGGGGGUCCCUGUCUCACAUCUCCUUCUCUACCCCCGUACUCCCCAGUGCCUUCCUUGUUCUGCUGGAGCUGGGGUUUUGCUGCCUCCCAGUCCCACAACACUGCCAAAAAUCUGUGUGCGUGCCAGUGGGUGGGGGGGCAGGGGCCAGCCCUAGCCUCCUGGGGUCUCUGCUGUGUCCUGUCUCUGGGGCUGUCAUUUCUCUGUGGCUGGUUGAAAAGAAAAAGGCAGGGAAACUUUCUCAGCCUUGCAGAUAAGUGUGGCAUUUACCAGCCUGAGCUUUGAGAGGCUGUGCCAUCUGUUUCUUGUUCUGGGACCAAAGUAAAAAAAAAAUCAAAGCACAUUUCCUGUGUCAUCAAGGGAGGCUCGCGGCCUUCUCAGAGCAGGGGGCGCCUUUUCGAACUCAGCCCCAAACUUUGUUUACAUGGGUGGGGAGAUGGAACGGGGUGGGGGUGGGGGCGGUCAGGAGGAGGGGGUGUUGAGGACCUGGGCUGCUGGAACCAAAGCAGGGACUUCCUGGCUGGAGGGGUAUAACCCCCUCGGCCCUCCGACGUGGAAUUUGGGUUAUUGCCCAGGCACUGCCAGUGGGAGGUGAGGUGAGGAGCUCAGCCUCUUCAUUGUCUAAAUGAGGCCUGAACGUGUGAAGUGCGAUUUCUGCUUUUCGUGUACCCCCCCCAACCCUCCCCACCCCGGUUUACCGAAGCUGCCUUUGUGUUUGUGUCAAUAAAAAGCCAAACCCUGG